AUGGCAUUCCCACAACCCCUCAACCUCGAACCAAACACAAUCUACAUCCUCCUCCUCGACCGAGAAAACACAUACCUCUUCCACUGGGUACUAUAUCUAGCCCAAACUGCCACGACAGAUACAGUCUUCCACAUAAUCAACAAAGGCGGGCCUAUAGCUUGGGAAUACAAAACCGAGCCUACAAACGAAUCCCAACACUUGGUCGACUGA